AUGGAGAUUCAUGCCUCCUCACCCCCUCAUUUGGAGGAUUGUGGGAAGNUGGGGCUACGCAGUCUCAAGCAUCAUCUUCGCCGAGUACUCGGCCCUCACAAGCUCACGUUCAAGGAAUUCGCUACUUUGCUAUGCAAAAUAGAAGCCUGCCUAAAUUCCCGGCCUCUGGGCCCCCUCUCCGAUACCCUUGAUGACUAUGAGCCGCUCACACCAGGACAUUUCCUCAUAGGUUCCGCUCUUAACGUUUCCCCGGAACCGUCUCUCCUUCAGGUAAACGAGAAUCGACUCUCGAGAUUCCAGCUUGUUCGACAGAUCACUGAGCGAUUUUGGCGAAUUUGGCAGCAAGAUUAUGUUAAUACCUUGCAACAGCGCACUAAGUGGCGCAGGGUGCAAUCCUCAAUUCGAGUCGGAGCGAUGGUCCUUAUCCGCAAUUCUACGUUGCCUCCGAGUAAGUGGGAGCUCGGGCGAGUGACUCGAUGUCAUCCCGGAUCCGACGGUUUAGUUCGCGUUGUCUCGGUUAAGAGAGCAAACUCAGAGUACAAGCGUCCGGUGACGCAAUUAUGUCUAUUGCCCGUGGAUAUUGAAGCGAACGACAAAGAAGAUCCAGAGCUCGCAUUAUAA